GGAAGUUGAUAUGUUAACGGAUGAAUAUCUGAAGAAAACAAAUUUUCAAACAUGUUUUAGCGAAUCUUUGAAGAGGUUAGUUGUCAAAAUCAUUGUCAAAGAAGACACUCGAUAUUCAUGGAAGAAUUACAAGACAGCUUGGAAGAGUAUGAGGUGAAUGAAGACGUUCCUGUGGUAAUAAAUCGAAAUACAACUAGAAUGGACGAUUACACCAUUGAUAAUGUACCAUCUAAUGACUCGAUGGGCCUGAUGCAGACUGGUCCAUUUAUUGUACACGAAUCAAGGGCACCUGCUGGAGGGGAGUUUGAUUUCACGAGGAUUGGUAUGGAAGAAAAUCAAACCAGGUCGAGUUUAGUCUAUCGUCGAUCUGGUCCCGAGGGAAGUCCGGCCUUUAAUGCCAGCAGUGGUUUUCUGCCUCAACGAACAACAGAUGAGGAAUCUGUCAUCUUCAGGCCUGUAGGUCAGCUGGAUUUUUCUGCUUUAGAUGACACAGAAAGAAAUGAAGACUUGAGUAGAAAUAGGCCAGUUUCAACACCUGAGAAAAAUGGUUCUCAGACUAUGUAUAUGGCGGCAGAGAGGGAGGAAGUGUAUGGGUCACAAGACAUGGAUGAUGCUUCUCGAAAUGAUUCCCCUGCGGCCGGGUUUUUUGAAAUGAACCAGUCUCCUCGACGGAGUAGUGAAAGUGAAGAGGAAUUAGAUAGUCGUGUGAUAUUCUCUCCACUCAACAAAAUGGAUAAUGGGGACUUGGCAGAAAAUAUCCCCAGAUUUGAAUUUGAACAACAGUUAUCAGGAAAUGCAAAAUUUCGAAAUGAUGAUCUUGAACAGAGAUUUCAUGAACCAACUCUAGCAAAAUCCUCACCCAAAGAAAUGGCAAAAUCUAGUCCUGGAUCAUUGCUAAGAUAUAUGUCUCCAGGGGAGGUAAAUGUUGCUAGAAAUCAGCACAUCAAUUCCCCUGUAUCUAUUAAGAAUAUCCCGGACGUGGAAAGGAGGGAGGUUUUUGUAUCCAUUCCGGCUGUUGACCAACACCGGGAAAGCAUGGGGGCCUCACCAAGCAGUGCCCAAACUAAGGAAUAUCAGAAAGCCCAAAGAGAAACUUAUAGUCAAGAAAAACCUGUGUUCAGUCAAGAACCCAGAGUAACUCAUGUUCAUCUUCAUGGCAAUGCAUCUUGGGAUAUUCCAGUGUCUGAGAGUUCACAGCAAACUCACAGCAAAGUGGUAAAACCUCAACAGAAAGCAUUGAAUGACCGGCGUCCCUUUGUGUCCUCUGUGAGGAGCGAGUCUUACAAUACAUUUUUACAGAACAAAGAAUCCCAACUACCAAGACCCAAAACCAAGGGCUCUGAUGCCAGUAAGUCAACGGACGCUUCUAAAGCAAGCACGCAAAGACCGGAGACUUCCAGACACGGUGCCGGUGAAAAGAAAAUCUCUGGACCUAUCCCAUCUCAUGCAGAAAGUCGAGUAAUGGCCAGAAGAAACAUGGCAAGUGGUCAGGGAGAGAGACAAGUGAAAACAGAACAUACCAGAAGGACGCUGGAGGAGAAACCGUCUAGGUCGUAUCCAGGGAGUGGUGCAGCCAAGGUUAAUGACCAUUCCCCUGUCCAUCCAGCAGCCAAUGUAGUGACCCAGAUUCAGCAUUACCAAUCAGACGGAGAGGAGAUAACUCACAGACAUGUAAAGGAGAAUGUAGAUGUCCAAGGAAUGGAGGAGGUACGCAGUCAACUGCAGAAUAUGCUCCGAUUUUCUUCUGCCUCCGGAUUGGGCGGUGGUAAUCAGAUGGACUACUGUGAUGAUGGGUUUAUGACGGAGAUGCAGGCAGCGCAAGAAAUGAUGCAUUAUCCAGGAGACCACUCUGUAAUAAGUGGUAGAAAUGAUGAGGAUGUGUCUGAACUUCUGGAGAACUUCCCCAGCUUUUCCUCCAAGAUGUGGUCAGACACGUCUAAUCUGAACAGAAGCGAGUCUUCCCUGUAUAACGAAAACCAGAGACUGAGAGAGGUGAUCGAGAAAGAACGCUACAGGCGAAAGCACUGUGAGCAGUACAUUCAGAAACUUAAUGUCAAGUUAUUGGAGAAUCAGCAGCAGCUAGCGGUAGCCAUAUCUACAGACAAGAGAAAGGACCUCAUGAUAGAACAGUUAGACAAGCAACUAGCAAAAGUUGUGGAGGGAUGGAAGAAUCGUGAUGACGACAAAGAACAGAUGUUAGCAAAGUUAAAGAAUGAGAAAGUGAAAAUAGAAGAGAAGCUAGCUAAUCAAAAUGAGAUGAUUAAGAACUUCGAGAAAGACAUGGCAGAAGCUUUAGAAGAAAUGAAAAACGAAAAAGACAGGGCUAGUAUUGAGAUUGACACUCUGAAGGCUCAGAUAUCAGAGAAGGAACGGGCUCGUUACCAUGCUGAGGAGAUAUUGGAGUCUGAGCGUGAGCGGACUCAGCUAAUUAACCAAGAAUGGGAGAAUCUAAAGGAGGCACAAGGCAUGGCAGAGAAGAAGGUUCAACAGCUUCAGGAUCGCCUUCGCUCGGAACAAGAUGACUGGUUCAAGCGAGAGCAGGAACUACUGCAGAAGAUUGAUGAGGUGUCUGAGAACAACCAGAAAGUUCUGAAUGAGGAGAGAGGGAAGUGUGAGGAAGCAGUGACUCUGUGUAAGGACAUGGAGGAGAAGAUCUACUCUCUCCAGACAGAGAGUCGUAAGUUUGAGAUGGAGCUGGACGCAGCAGUCAGGGAGAAGGAAAGCUUGAAGGUAGAGAUGGGCAUAAUGGAAGCCAAGUUUGAUAGUUCACAGAGGUCUCUGGAGGCAGAGCUACAGUCCAAGAUGGAGAGGGAGAUUGCAGAUCAGAUAGCUGAGGUUCACAAGAAGGCUGAAGGAUCGGAGAAUGAAUUACGACAGAGUCACAGACAGCAGAUUAAAGACCUGAACCAGCGAUACACCAAAGACAUGGAACGAAAUCUGGCCAAGUUCCACAGCGACCAGAAAAACAGGGAGGAGGAGUUCCGAAAACUCACGCUGGAGUAUGAAGAGAAAUUGCAAGAACAGAGAAAUGAGAUUACCUCCCUUCAUGCCAUUAAACAGAAAUUAGAGUCACAGAGGGCGGAGAUAUUGAUGAAGCUGCAGUACAUGAUGCAGUCCCAGUGGAACGAGGCAGUACAGAUGCUGGCCACCACACCUCAAAGGAAGACUUAUACCAACACAUCCUUCAACUCACAGUCAAAUACGACCACAACCAUGGCCCCCAACACCAGUGUUCCUAGUCAAGGAGUGACUACGACCCUCAACACCAAUGUCCCCAGUCAGGGGGGGACCACGGCCCUUAACACCAGCAUCACCAGCCAGGGGAUGUUCCCUAUCACCAGUAGUCCCGGGAGGAACAACAGUCACCCGGCCCCACCCAUGGAGCCCAAUAUCGGCGAUCUCACAACCUCACUCCACCUGCAACAGUUUUUCCAGAGUCUUUCCCAACCCCUGGUCUUCCCACAUUCAUCCAUUCAAGUGGAAUCCCACAACAGCGCCGUGAAUCAGGAGACAGCCACUCAGAAGAGAUCUGCUGAUUCCUCUGCUGGUCCACAGUUAAGUGGAAUAGGGAACUCCUCGUACCACCACAGAGAAGAAGACCAAGCGGUACACAACGGUGUACAGACAGACGGGCCACCAUCACCCGCUCAGGGCGACCAGCGUGAGACUAUCCACAACUGGCUUAGGAAUUCUCAGGAGGACAGCUUUAGAACAGGGACUUCUUUUGUCGUCACGGAGGAUAUCAGGAGUUCUAAUUUGUCAGUCUCAGAAUUAGUGAACAAGUUCCAACAGCCGGAUCCUGACCAGGGUUCUAUGGCCUUCUUACCUGUGAUCAAGCCUUCCGACUUUGUUUCUAAUUCAAACAAUGUGCCCAUUUCUUAUCCAUCCACUGCUGUCCCCAUCAGGCCCCCUCAGCAUGGGAAUAGUCAAUCAUCCAAUCAGGUUCAUCCUGCCUCAUCUAACUGUGUUCAUGAUCGGAGCUUUGACAGUGCAAGGUCAGCCAAUCACAGAGAGGAUCAGUUAUUUCCGGAGAGGUUUGCUCAGAGUUUGCCAGUGAGAGGAAGAAAUUCUCCAACCAACUCACAGCAAAGUAAAGAGGAAGCAGUGUCUUGGCCGCAGAGAAACAUCGUUCACUCCCCACCAACAAAACAAAGCAGAGGUCAAGUGGCAGAAAAUCAAAGCAUCACAGAGGAAGGGUUGAAGUUAAAUGCAGAUUAUCACCACCUGUCCCAGAGAUUAGAAGAACACGAGUCCAAACAGAGUCAACUCCAGCAUUACAUACACAUGCUGUUACAGAAGCCCCCUGGAGACCCGGUGACAGAGGAAGGAGAAGAGGAGAAUUUGCUUCACUCUCAUGAUCACACCGAGGAAGAACUGAAUGACACGGCACAGGCGGCUCAGAUUCAGAAGGACAUGAUACGUCUUCAACAACUGAGAGACAAGAAACAGUCACAGGCGGAACAGGGAUCUGAAACUUCCGGAACUUCAAACAGAUUAAUGCAGCCGGAACAGUUGGCAGAAAUAUCCAAACUGUUAAACCAGGUCAAAGGUCAAUAUGGAGGGGGUCAAACACAAGCGACCACAGCCAACACUGAAGAGGAACACAUGUUACAGAUUUUCAGUCUUCUAAAAUAUAUGCAAAGGUCUCCGGGUCGUGACAGUGGAGGAGUGGCCAGACCUGAUGCUGGCCACCAUCCAAGUGCCCCCACCUCACCAAGGUCACAAGGCAGAGACAAGGUCAGACGGAACCUCAAGGAUCAGAUGUCAGGUGUACCUGACGGUCAAAAUAAGAGUGAUAAACAAGGGGCCAAACCACCACUGAAUCCACAGAAGAAACCAGAAAGGAAGGUGGCAGCCGGGGUGAAAGGUCAGCCAAACAAAUCCAAGUCAGCGUGGAAGUGAAAUCCGGAUCAGUCCAACAAACUAAACAAUCCAAGUCAGCAUGGAAGUGAAAUCCGGAUCAGUCCAACAAACUAAACAAUCCAAGUUAGCAUGGAAGUGGAUCAGUUCAACAAACUAAACAAUCCAAGUUAGCAUGGAUGUGGAUCAGUUCAACAAACUAAACAAUCCAAGUUAGCAUGGAAGUGAGAUCCAGUUCAGUCCAAGAAACUAAACAAAUCCAAGUCAGCACUGAUCAGACCAACAAACUCGCCUAAUCCGAGUCAGCUUGGAAGUGAAAUCCAGAUCAGUUAAACAUACAAAACCAAUCUAGAUCAGCAUGGAAGUGAACUCCGGAUUAGUCAAACAAACUUAAACAAAAUCUGGAAUAGUAUCAGUGUGAAAGAUAGAGCUGAAUGAAA